UCACUGUCACACCAUGCAUGCGAGAAAUAAAGUUAAAUCGCGCCAAAAGGUUUCACAGAUUUGUGGAUUACAUAAAUAGUAAUUGUUGAUUCGAGUGAUUGUAAAUUAAUGUAUUUGACGUCAACAUGCUUUUCAAAGAAGCAUCUCGUUCAUCUACAGCGAAACAGAGUGAUUUUCAACCAACUGAAUUGGAAAGACAUGUAGUUGAUUAUGUGGAUUGUUCAAAACGAUUUUAUGAAGUAUCGAGAGAUUUUUCAAAACAAUAUGCACACAUUUAUUCAGCUAGAUUAAAUACUUUCCGGAAUAUCUUAGGUGCAGCUAUUCACAAGAAGUGGUCAAACAAAUAUAAGAUAUUGAAAUUGUGCGAGCUUCGCGAGAAACACACAUUGUGUGUUAUCGUCGGAACACUGUUUAAGUUGCAAGAAUUGAAGCCAAGUAUUUUAAAAGAGCUUUCAGAUCAAUUAGAAAUAAUUCCUCAACCUGCAAGGACCCAUUUCGUUCACGAUGCAGAUAGUUUAGUACUGGAAGAUGAGUUACAGAGGAUCAAAUUGGUUGGGGAAUGCAUUGAUGUUCAUCAAGUUGUUACUGGUGUUGUUUGUGCUGUUCUAGGGUCUGAAAAUGAGGAUGGCAUCUUCACAGUGAAGGAUGUUUGCUGGCCAGGAUGUAACAUACAGAAACCAUUGCCUACUCUAAAUAGUGAUAGGUAUGUUGUUCUCAUGUCUGGUUUAAAUCUGGCAUCCAAAUCAGCUGAUCAUAUAUUUUCGUUGCAUCUUCUUCUGGAAUGGUUGUCAGGCAUGUCUGGUACUGCGGAGUACCAGGAGGAGAUCUCAAAAGUGGUCAGGGUUAUUGUUGCUGGUGGUGUGUUUGCCAGUCACUCUAACGAGAGCAGUCUGAAUGAGACAGAUGUGAUAUCAGCAGCGGAGUCAGUGGAUGCUUUCUCCACUGCAGUCAGUGCUGUGGCUCCACUGGACCUCAUGCCUGGCUGCAAGGACCCCACUGGAAUCAUGUUGCCUCAAAAACCAUUCCAUUAUUGCCUAUUCCCUAAAGCUAUCGAAUACAAAUCAUUCAAUAGAGUUUCAAAUCCUUAUGAAUGUGAUAUUGGAGGUUUCUUAUGCCUUGGAACAUCAGGAGAGCCAGUAAAAGAUAUCAUGAGGUACAGCAAGCUGGACAGUCAUUUAGAAAUAUUGAAGAAGACCCUCCAAUGGCGUCAUUUGGCGCCAACAUGCCCUGACACUGUGCCAUGUACCCCAUGCAUUGAUACUGAUCCAUUUACUAUAUACAACUGCCCUGCAAUUUAUUUCAGUGGUGAUUCCAAUGAGUUUGCUACAGAAUUGUAUGAAGGUGAAGACGGACAACGAGUGCGAUUAGUGUGCGUUCCCGAUUUUUGCAACACAAAAACUGUAGCGUUGAUUAAUCUAGCUAAUUUAGAAUGUUACAGCAUGAUGUUUGCGUGAAGUGUUUGUCAUACUUAAUUAUUAUUUUUCUUAAUAAAUGAUUAAUGUAAUCAAU